AUGAUAUUUUCGAAGCUGGGCCGUUCAUUAUCUCGAUCCUCUCGCUCUAUUAAUAUACUGCGUGCUGGCAAUGGCGUUGGUGCGGUGAGAUCGUCGUCGAUUAUUAACAAAAUAGAAGACGGGUUCGUCGAUGGAAGAGGAGGAUUAGGGUUAUUAAGAGGUUAUUUAACUUCAAUUGGAAGGGGAGGAACUCAUAAGUCUUCUUAUUUAUCCGAUUUAAAUUUCAUUCUUGCUAACCCUAGAAUCCGACGCUUUUUCUCCAAUGAAGCUCCUAAGAAAAAGAAUUAUGAGAACUUCUAUCCCAAGGAAAAGAAGGAAGUUCCAGAAGGGGAUGGCCAGAAAUCUGAGUCCAAAGAGAAUUCGAAUACGGGCAAUGAGGAGUGGGACUUUAAUAAGAAAACAUUCAUGAAGGCAUUCCUUUUACUUGCCCCUUUGUUUGUGGUUCAAAUGCUGCUCCAUCCCUUUUCUUUUAAUGAUGGUGACCAGCGACAGAUUAGUUUCCAAGAGUUCAAAAACAAACUUUUGGAGCCAGGGCUAGUGGAUCACAUAGUUGUUUCUAACAAAUCAGUUGCAAAAGUGUAUGUGAAGAGCUCACCACAGCAUCAAAGAAGUGAUGAUAUGGUUCAAGGUCCAGUUAAUGGUGUCCCUGCUAGAGGACACGGGGGCCAAUAUAAGUAUUACUUCACUAUAGGAAGUGUUGACUCGUUUGAGGAGAAGUUGGAGGAAGCCCAAGAAGCAUUAGGGAUAGACCCUCAUGACCAUGUUCCAGUUACAUAUGCCUCGGAAGUGGUUUGGUACCAAGAACUGAUGAAGUUUGUACCUUCACUACUCAUUUUGGGAACCCUUAUUUACAUGGGACGGAGACUGCAGGGUGGAUUAGGUGUUAAUGGUGGUGGAAAGGGUGGCCGUGGAAUAUUCAGCAUAGGGAAGGCCCAUGUAACCAAAGUGGAUAAAAAUUCUAAGAAUAAGACCUAUUUCAAAGAUGUUGCUGGCUGUGACGAGGCAAAGCAAGAAAUCAUGGAGUUUGUGCACUUUCUCAAGAGCCCUAAGAAGUAUGAGGAGCUAGGAGCGAAGAUUCCAAAAGGUGCUCUUUUGGUUGGUCCUCCAGGAACUGGAAAGACCCUUCUAGCAAAGGCAACUGCUGGGGAAUCUGGUGUACCUUUUCUAUCUAUAUCUGGUUCAGAUUUCAUGGAGAUGUUUGUUGGUGUUGGACCGUCCAGGGUGAGAAACUUGUUUCAAGAAGCGAGGCAGUGUGCUCCUAGUAUUGUGUUCAUUGAUGAGAUUGAUGCGAUUGGAAGAGCAAGAGGGCGUGGAGGGUUCUCUGGUUCUAAUGAUGAGCGGGAAAGUACCCUUAAUCAGUUACUUGUAGAAAUGGAUGGCUUUGGAACUACUUCCGGAGUUGUUGUACUUGCUGGUACAAAUCGCCCUGAUAUUUUAGAUAAAGCUCUGUUGAGACCUGGCCGAUUUGACCGCCAAAUUUCCAUUGACAAACCUGAUAUCAAAGGCCGUGACCAGAUAUUUCAGAUAUAUUUGAAAAAGAUUAAACUUGAUCAUGAGCCAUCAUAUUACUCCCAAAGGCUUGCGGCCCUUACUCCUGGAUUUGCUGGAGCAGACAUUGCAAAUGUUUGUAAUGAAGCUGCUCUAAUUGCUGCAAGGAACGAAGGAUCACUGGUUACAAUGGAGCACUUUGAGGCAGCUGUAGAUCGAGUCAUUGGUGGUUUGGAGAAGAAGAACAAGGUAAUAAGCAAGCUUGAACGCAGAACUGUUGCUUAUCACGAAUCAGGUCAUGCUGUUGCUGGCUGGUUUUUGGAGCAUGCAGAGCCACUUUUGAAAGUGACAAUUGUUCCACGAGGUACAGCUGCUCUGGGGUUUGCCCAGUAUGUUCCAAAUGAAAGCCUACUCUUGACCAAGGAGCAACUCUUUGAUAUGACCUGCAUGACACUUGGUGGCCGAGCAGCUGAACAGGUUUUGUUGGGCAAAAUUUCAACAGGAGCCCAAAAUGACUUGGAGAAGGUGACGAAGAUGACAUAUGCUCAAGUUGCAGUGUAUGGUUUUAGUGACAAGGUGGGUCUCCUCUCUUUCCCUCAAAAGGAGGACUCAUUUGAGAUGGCCAAGCCCUACAGCAAUGAGACGGGAGCAAUUAUUGACGGUGAAGUGCGCGAGUGGGUGGGCAAGGCGUAUAAACAUACUAUCCAACUUAUAGAAGAACACAAAGAACAAGUGGCACAAAUUGCAGAGUUGUUGCUCGAUAAGGAGGUUCUCCACCAAGAAGACUUGAUUCGAGUUUUGGGUGAGCGGCCAUUCAAAGCAAGUGAGGUCUCAAACUAUGACAUAUUUAAGCAAGGGUUUGAAGAGGAAGAGAAGAAAGUGGAAACCCCAGCUAGUAGUGAUGGGGAUGAAGAUCAAUCUUCACCCAUAGAGGUUGUACCGGCUUAA